AUGAGUGGCCCGAUCGCGUCGGCCGUCGUGCUGCCAGCGCCGGACGAAGCACCGCUGCCGCCAGCCUCGCCGUCCAACACGCUCAAGAGACGGCAGUCGUCUGUCACCGAAGACAGGGUGAAGCGGAUCCGGGCCAGCGGCGACCAUGCGGCCGACGAGAGCACCCCGGCUGCACCGCGGCGGCGAGAACGAGGGAGAGAGCGCCGCCUGUUUGGUGCCGUCCUGGGCGCGUUGUCACAGGCGCCCACAACUGCAGGCCAGAAGCGCCGGGCGGAGAUGGAGAAGAGGCAGCAGGCCCGGCGGAGACAGGAGGACGAAGAGGCCGAGCUGCAAAAGGCCGAGCGCUUGGCAAGGCGCAGCGCCCAGAGAUGGAAGGAGCAGAAGCACUUCGAGAGACAGGCGAUGAGAGUCCGCCACGACAACAUGCUGCAGCUGGCCCACUUCCUCUGCACCAACGCGGAACCGCGACUGCACUACAGGCCCUGGGAGACGAGCGCGGAGGAGCAAGACCGAAUCGACGCCCAGAUCGCCGACGCUCGACACGUCAUCCAGCGUGAGCGCGACGAGUACGAAGACCGCCAAGAAGAGGAAAGGCGGAGGGAGCAACGGACGGCGGUAGACCAAGACGCGAUCCAUGGCGGGGCUGCUCCCCCGAGCACGACGAACUACAACACAGACGCUGGCCGGUCACAUCUCAGUCGCAAUCGGGCCACAGCCGCCAGAGAGGAUCUCGAGAUCAAGGACGACCAGGGAGCGCGCGCUGCAGACCGUGCAGUCGAAGCUCAACACGCAGAAGAACGCGCCAUGGACACCCGGUCGCUCGAGGCCGAAGCCAACGCUGACGAUCCCAGCAAGGAGGCCGACGAAGAAGUCGUGGAAGCCGCCGAAGACACCGUCAUCUAUUAA